GACAGGAAGUGUUUCUUCUCCUCCUGCCAGAGGGAGGGAAGGAAGGAAGGAAGGAAGAAAGGACGGGCGAGCGGGCAGGCCAACGUUCCCGUCCCCGUGGCCGAUCCCCGUGGGGGCUGGGCCUGCUUCCCCGGGGGCUCCGCCCGUCCGGACGCUGCCAUGGCCCGGCCCGCCUGAACGGCCACUAAGGCCAAAAUGAGCCAAGGAGACCGGGCCCGGACGCCAUCUCCCCAACCACCGAAGCCCAAAUAAAUCCUCCCUGACAACCGGACCCCCUCCGGCCGCGCGAAUCAAGAGUCUCACCCUUACAACGCUGAAGUCUUAGGAGAAAAAAAAUCCAGCCUUGCCACAAUGAGGUGUUGCCACCUCUGCAAACUCCCCGGGAGAGUGAUGGGAAUCCGCCUGCUUCGCCUCUCUUCUGUGGUCAUCCUCGUGUUACUGCUGGUGGCUGGGGCUCUGACUGCAUUGCUCCCUAACAUCAAGGAAGAUAAGAUGCCCACUUCCCGCAGGGAAGCCAAGUCCCAGAGCCAGGCUGCCUUAGAUUCAUUUACUCUCAUCAUGCAGACGUACAACCGAACGGAUCUACUGCUGAGGCUCUUGAACCAUUAUCAAGCCAUCCCUCAUCUGCACAAAGUGAUUGUCGUGUGGAACAACGUUGGGGAGAAAGUCCCAGAGGAUCUGUGGAACUCUUUAGGCCCUCACCCUGUCCCUGUGGUCUUCAAAAUGCAGACGGCCAACAAAAUGAGGAACAGACUUCAGAUUUUCCCUGAAUUGGAAACCAAAGCGGUUUUAAUGGUAGAUGAUGACGUGCUAAUUAGUGCCCAUGACCUCGUCUUUGCUUUCUCUGUUUGGCAGCAAUUUCCUGAUCAGAUAGUCGGGUUUGUCCCGAGAAAGCACGUCCCCACGCCUUCGGGUAUUUAUAGUUAUGGCGGCUUUGAACUGCAGUCUCCAGGGUUUGGAAGUGGUGACCAGUACUCCAUGGUGCUGAUAGGAGCAUCGUUCUUCAACAGCCGAUACCUCGAAGCAUUUCAGAAGCAACCAGCAGCGGUUCACGCACUGAUAGACGAGACUCAGAACUGUGACGACAUUGCCAUGAAUUUUAUUGUCGCCAAGCACACUGGGAAGACUUCGGGAGUUUUCGUGAAACCUGUUGACAUGGGGAAUUUAGAGAAAGAGACCAACAGUGGCUAUUCGGGAAUGUGGCACCGGGCAGAGCACUUCUUACAGAGGUCUUAUUGUAUCAAUAAGCUGGUCAAUAUCUAUGGCAGCAUGCCCUUAAGAUACUCCAACAUUAUGAUUUCUCAGUUUGGUUUUCCAAAUUAUGCCAAUCACAAAAGUAAAAUGUAAAGAAACCCAACAACUGCCUGGGCACUGGGGGAGUUUUUCGGUGUUAAGUUUUCAGAGCAACAUUAUGGACUUAUCCCGUACUUAAGUCCCAAAUAAUUGAGCUAGAAAACAGGAUGCGAUAGUCCACUAGAAUAGUAAACCCUUCCAUCCUCCAACGAAUAAGCUAGUGUUGUCAGUGCGACUUUUUCUUUUCCUUUUCAAGGGGAUUUCGACACAGAUCAAUCAUUUCCAUGAUCAGUGAUGGUAUCGUUUACAUUUGAAGACUGUUCUACGACUACUCUGAUUCCUGACGUUCGCCUUAAGGGUUACCGAUGACCAGGGUUUGAGACUGAUCAGAUGCCCCUUGCAAGGUUCUGAGGUCCUGCAGUUCAUCUCCAUUUUAAGUCUGUAGGGCCCAAGGGGAAGGGAAAGGCCAGGGACCAAAGGCAACCCUAAAGGAUGACACGGAUUCAACCUCAAUUAGAAUGAAAAGACAGACAGUUGGUGGCUGUUGUGGUCACCUCCUCUCUCUGGGACCCCUCCCACCCAGUUCAGUAUGGACUCCAUCAGUCAAUCAAUGGUAUUUAUACAGCGCUUACUGCGUGCAGAGUACUGUACUAAGCACUUGGGAGAGUUCAUUGUAACAGACUCACCCGCAUGAUAUUGCUGCCCCUUCAAAGCUCUGCUUCCUAUUGCUUGGGCUGCUGGCUUUAGCAGCGGAAGGUUGUCUGGCAACGGAUUUGAUUUUGCUAAGCAAACAUUUACUGCAUGGAGCCCAGAAGAAGCAGACAAUGCCCCCUUGCACCCACUAAGGACCCAUGGCAUUACAGGUAGUGCCACAAAAUCCCUGCUGGUGAAUGAUUUGCACCCCAGUACUUUGCGUAAACCAUGUGUUGGUGUUGAAAGAAUGUGUAUAAAACAGCUCUCGCUUUUAAAAGGAUGCUUCAGCGGGGCCCGGCAGAAGUGACUCUCAUAAUCCAAAAUAAUAUCCAUUCUCUCUGGCUAGACUUCACGUAAUGCACCAAGUGCUUUUGAAUUUCAAUUUUGAAUUGGUGUUUUGCCUAUUUGCUGCUUUAUUUGUGGUUUGCAUUUUAAAGUGGCAUGGUGAAUCAAUCUUCACGAUGGGGAAAAUUAAAUCUACCAAGUGAUGAAAGAAAAUCAGAAAGACUGAAGUAAGGUCAAGGAACUGUUCAGUGAGCUUGCAUCAACUCAUUUUUCAGCCACCAUUCAGAUAACUGCUCCCUGCUCUUAUUCUUAUAGUGUAGGUUUUGUAGGUGUUUAACUUCUGUUCUUUCAGUUACCAGGACUAUCCUGUUGAUUCCUUUGGUUGGGGUGAUUAGAGUUUUUCCUGAUUGCACACUGGUGGCUAAGACAACAUUGACUUGUGGGUGGUGCUCCAACAGCACAGAUUUCUGUGAAGUGUGUGCUCACUGUGUGCUCAGUGUGUGCUCAGUGCAUGCUCGGUGUGUGCUUGGGCCUCGUUUUACUGGUGCUUUUCCCCAUAACUACUCAGCGUCACGCCGAUCCAAAGCCGAUAGAUGUUGUGUACCUCCUUUUAAAAUGUAAAGUUGAUUAGUAACUUUGUCCAACCUCUCUUUGAUUUAUCUUAUUUGCAUUCUGGGUUCCAUUCGCAGAUGAAUAAAAUGAGCUAUUCCCAUAAUA